GUUGGUCUUAUUUGAUACUUACUCACGAGUUGUGCAACGGGAUUAAUGUCGAAUUGCACCAUAGACACAUGUAUGCUGGCGGAGCUGGAGGUGUGGUGAUGAAUAACAGAGAGGAGAGUAAGUAGGGGAUGAACAAGUACAGUCUCUUCCAACGUGUCUUUCACCGAAAUGUCUUGGUCAUCACACAAGAGAAUCUGGCCAACAGGCAGGCAGAUAGGCACGGUCAUCAGUGAAACUUCUCCAACCUGGCAGAUGUGCCUCAUUGUCACUCCAACAAGAGGCGCGUUGCGGGUUAGCAUGUAUGAGCAUUGUUCCACGAGUCUUGGCAUUCACUGUCCCUUCCAAUUUUCUCCCACGGUCACACGUCACAGCCCUCCGGUGCUUUUGCUCGUCGCCGUGACUGCUCUAUCUGGACGAAAAAGUCACCUUUCCAGUCAUUGUCAUAAAUGUCUAAAUGUUCACUUGUUUCAAACAUUGUUCCUCGUGGCUGUACUCACCUCUGACACCAAUCUUCCACCGAGCUCCUUGUUCACUUACCUAAUCAUAAUGCUUCGCCGUUCAAGUGCCAGUGUCGCUUCGCAGCGGAUGUCCGAUCUCAGAGCUACCGCAAAUUACAAUACUUCGCGAGACCAUCGUAUCCCGACCUCGGUCAACACGGUCUCGAUCUCUUCUCCUUUGGCGACCAUUCAAGACGUCACUGAAGACUGGUCUUACUUCGAAAAUUCUUACGUUUUAACGCAACCAUACCUUUCGCGAAUGUCUGAAGACGGUACAGCGUCAGAUGGCUCUUGUGAUGUUCACUCGUUGUACGGCCGCGGAUGGAACACAUCGGACUACGAUACGUCUGACAAUCAGUCCGACAAUCAUUGGGAAGAGGCUCCCAGUUCUACCUCAAACUAUAGCUCUGGUGGUAGUCAUGACGAUGAAAGAUCACUGAUCGACAUGGAUGCCAUGUCUUUCGACAACGACGCAACAAUCAUCGCUCUACCAUCGCCCAUAGAUGAUGUGACCCAGACGGCGAGCGCAUUCGAGCCUCUCACACCAUCGAGGCCUGGGCACCAGCAAGUUGGUUUAUUCGAUAUUGCCCUGCAAGAACGAGAAAUCUAUUCGCAACAUGCAACAAUAAAUACCCUCGAAACAUCUCUCACUCGUGAUCUGCAGCUACUCCACGACAGCUACUCACUCAUCGAAAUGCAAUCCAACCUCAUGACCCCAAUUCAUGGACCCAUCUCACGCCUGCGCUUCGCCGAAGAGAACCUCCCUCCCUACGAUGCUGCUGCCGUCACUGCAAAGCUCGACGAGCUCCAUCGUCUCGCAGCAGUCAUCCGUGAAGGUGGUUCGCAGUACGAUGAGCUACGCGAUCUACUUUCGAGCGGGACGUGGAGUGAAGAGCAAGGCUUGCGCUAUUGGGACCGCACGCACAAAACAAUCUCGUGCAACAAAGAACGCAGCGAUGCCGAUUUUCUCAUCUGGACGAUCCCGUUCCAGAUCCCUAUACCCCCUCCUCUGUUAGGAAACAUCAACUUGACCAAGCGUCGCGGUCGACGUCAUCGCGAAUCAAUGGCUGCGGCUAGUGCGGCAAUCACUGCCGAAUCAAAUGUCUCAGAAGCACACCGCAAUGCAAAUCACGCAGCAAAGCAAUGGCGUGGACAUAUCGGUAUCAGAAGAGACCAUCUCGAGAUGCACAUACGCGUGUUCGGCUUGAAGGAGCUGCCGGAGCUGCCGACGGAGGUCAUGAAGGGCAUUGGCGAGGAAGACGCGGCUAGCAUCAUGGCUUCGUUGCCGUACACACCGCGAGAAAGCUUUGCGGACGAGAGUGACCUCCGCAGUAUGAGAAGUGUGAGCACGAGAGGUGACAUGGCGAGUGAGGCCAAUGGCGUGGAACUGGGAAUUAGGGAUAGCAUGUUGCCGGUGCAGAUGAGAGGCAUGGUCAAGAGCCAGUCGAGGAAGGCAAUGCAAGUGUUGGGCAUCAAGCCUACCGAUAAUAUGCUGGAAUUUCAAUGAAGAAACAAUGAGAACAACCUGCAAGAUAUCCCACACUCUCGACUUGCGGGAGCCGUGUAUGAUAUCGUCCCUGCCUUGAAUCCAUCAUCACCAACAUGCCAAGAACAAGAAGACGCACAACAUCCAUGACCGUUCCAGCGUGGGCAGCAGCGUGUAUAUCAAAUCAUAUAAACCCAAUGAGUCGCCAUAUAGAAGCUCCCGGUCCACAAAAGCAUGUAUGUAAUAUAUAUACCCUUACCAAUUCUCUCAAAAAC